AUGGUGAGUGCGACAAAGAGUGAACAUGCCAUGAGCAGUGUGGCUUGGUUGGUGGGGAGCGAUGAGGGCGAGGAGGAGUGCAGCGAGCUCUACGAGGGGUACUGCCAGAAACAAGGGAUGAUAAAGUGUCCUCUCGACCCCACCUACUGCAUAUCCGAGACCGAUAUCUGUGACGGGGAGGAGCAUUGCCUGGGAGGAUGGGACGAGGCCAACUGCAUGCCCCACCCGUGUCCCCUCGGCUGGCUCAAAUGCCCCAAGACUGGUUACUGCACCCCUUCUGGUAACCUGUGUGAUGGGGUUACAGACUGCUUCGCCAACCCCGAGCCUGAGGACGAGGACCCAGACCUGUGCCGAGCCUAUGCGUGUCCGGAGGGUUGGAGGAAGUGUGCGGAUGGGGAGCAGUGCAUGCAGCAGGGGCGGUGGUGCGACGGAGUGGUGGACUGUGCUG